AUGCGAAUAGGUGUGCUACUGUAUUUAUUUUUUCUUUAUUCCAGCAGUAGAGCUUCUGAUGAAGCAAAAGGUGAUAAAGUAGUGGUAGAUUGUAAUACAUUACGUUUAGGACAGUAUAUUUGUCCCGACCCUAGUAUUAAUCAAAUAGAUCCAGAUACACAACAGUAUCGCGGAUGUACAAAAGGAAAAAUUGUUCCAUCUGAAGGUGAAGCAGAAGUGCAAUGUAUAGCAGCUGAUGGAAUUAUAUGCAAUGAAACUAAUAAUUCAACAUUUAGUAAAAAGCUACCAUGUAAAUGGACGAAUGGAUACUCUCUUGAAAUAGCGCUGCUUUUAUCAGUCUUUUUGGGAAUGUUUGGAUUAGACAGAUUCUAUUUAGGAUACCCUGGUAUUGGCUUAGCAAAAUUAUGUACACUUGGGUUUAUGUUCCUUGGACAACUGUUGGAUAUUAUUCUAAUUGCAGCACAGGUUGUAGGGCCUGCAGAUGGUUCUGCAUUUGUCAUCCCAUACUAUGGAGCAGGAGUUACAGUCAUCAGAAGCGACAAUGAGACUUACUUACUACCACAGGCAGACUGGCAUAACAUUACUUGA